CCUUUGCAAUGAAUAUGAUGCACCCUGGAUUCCUCCAAGACGUGAAUGUCCCUAAUCAUGGCAUGGCCAGAGGUGGUGGUGGCUUUGGGGGCCCAAUGGGGCCCAUGGGCCCAAUGGGCCAGAUGGGCAAUUACCCAAUGGGCCAGAUGGGCCCCAUGCCAGCCGUGCAAGGACUGCCGAUGAACGGCGGGUACUAUCAAGGGGUGGGCCCGGGGAACCCGUACAGCCACCAGCAGCAGCAGCAGCAGCAGCAGCAGCAGCAGUACAUGGCCAUGAUGAUGCAACGACAGGCCCAAGCCCAACAUGCACAGGGCAACAACAUGUUCCAGCCGAUGAUGUACGCGCGGCCGCAAGCACCGAUGGGUUACGUCCCGCCGAUGCCGCCCCCGGCUUCGGACCCUUACGUCCACAUGUUCAGUGACGAGAACACCGACAGCUGCAGCAUCAUGUAAAUUAGUGGCUGAUGCUAGUGCAGCUUAUAUGUAGUGCUUCUUUAGGAUUUCAAUUUUGUUGGGUAGGUUUUGUGUCCGACUUAUGAAGGUAAGUCUUUUGGUUGAAAUGAGAGUGCAAGGUAUUGAAAAGUACCAUAUAGCUGAUGUACUAAUUAAGAAUCCUCAUCAAUCUCUCUGAUUUCAGCUUUCAGUUUCGUGACA